AUGAUUGCAGGAGAUAACAACACGAAGACAGGAAAGUCAGCGGAUUUCACCGUCACACCGGUGCAACACAUGAUUUCAGCAUGUACCGGGGCUAUCCUUACGUCGCUAAUGAUGACACCUUUUGAUGUGGUGAAAAUACGAUUACAGUCUCAAGCAAAACCUUCAUCUUUCACAAACGGCAAAUGUUUCCUCUACUGUAACGGUUUAAUGGAUCACUUGUGUCCGUGUGGCAGUGGGCCAUCUGCAGAAUGGUACAAAAGACCUGGAAAAUUUAAUGGAACUUUGGAUGCCCUGGUGAAGAUUGUCCGUUUAGAAGGUGUGACUUCCUUGUGGAGUGGGCUCCCUCCCACCUUGAUGAUGGCCAUCCCAUCUACCGUGGUCUACUUCACCAGCUAUGAACAUUUGAAGAAAGUUCUAGGCUACCACCAGGAGCAUUCUGGGGACCGCUGGAAGCCCAUGGUGGCUGGCUCAGUGGCUAGAGAUAUAUAUAGGUUGUCACCAUUUUCCAUCCAGAAGUCCUGGGCAGCCAGCUUGAUCAGCCCCAUCGAGAUGGUUCGCACCAAAUGCACUGUCAGGGACACAGUCAGAUACAAUGGAGUGCUGGGCCUUUAUCGGGGCUUGGGUCCGACACUGCUGAGAGAUGUUCCUUUCUCAGCCAUAUACUGGACAAGUUACGAGACUUUCAAAUCCUACAUUUUGACCACAACUGGACGCUCCACUUUAUUCUUUCAUGAAAGUUUUGGAUCCGGUGCACUGGCAGGAUCUAUCGCUGCCGUCCUGACUCUACCAUUUGAUGUGAUUAAGACCCGGAGACAGAUAGAGUUGGGUGAAUUGUUGGUUGGUAGCCGCAAGGAGCCAACAUCUACUUGGAUCAUCAUCAGGAACAUUUACUCAAAUGAAGGCUUCAAGGCUUUGUAUACAGGCCUGCCCCCGAGACUGAUGAAGGUGGCCCCAGCUUGUGCCAUCAUGAUCAGUACUUUUGAAUACUUCAAACAUUUCUUUGCAUCUCGGCAACACUGA